AUGAAAAAGAGAGACGAUCACCAUUUUGAGUCUUUUCUGAAGGCAAUAAAACGAGACAAUCCCGAUUUAGUAACAUUCAUUCUCAAUCUUGAAAAAGAAAUUCAUCAUGAUUGCUUCGAUGGCACUGGUAACCCAAAUAUUAAUGAUCUAAUCCAAUUUGAUAAACGUUUAAAACCAUUAGAAAGGGAAAAGUUUAAACUAUUAGGUAGGAAUGCAAACGAAGAUGUUGUACUCUUAGAGAAGAAAGUUCUAGAAUUAGAGAAAGAGAUUUCUUGUUUAAAAAUCGAAAACACCAAAUAUAGAUCAGACCUCGAAAGUCAGGUGAAAGUGAAUAACAAUCUUACUGAAAAGCUAAAGCAACUUGAGGACAAAAACUCCGAAUUAAGCGGAGUUAAAGAAGAUCUUAUGGUUUAUAAAAGAGCCAAUGCCAAAUUGUCCGAUGACCUCAAAUCGAAAUGCGAUGAAGUCGCCACGUUAACUGAACGCUGCCGUCAGCUGGUUUUCGCGAAUGAAGGACUGACAAAGCAAAAAAAAAGUUUUGAACUGGAGCUAGAUGAGGUUCAAAAUAAGCAUCCUAGCUUUCCUGAAGAAAUAAAGCAAACGGGCACCAACCUAAAAAUUAGGGAGAGUAGCGCGGUCAUGGGCAUCGCCCUCCUCAACCAACGUAUAUACAUCGUCUGUUUGAAGUCGCCAAAAAUCUUUGUGUUUGAAGAUAAUCCACCCUAUCUGCAGCUGACCCGCGAAGAAUUCGAGAUAACCUCCAUGCAAGAUCCUCGCGACCUUAUCUCGAGCCCCCGAGACCGGUGUCUUUUUAUCGCCGACGUCUCCAGCAGCAAAGAAUUCAAAAUCUGGCAACUCGAAACAAUCACUGGAAAGUUCAUCACUAUGAUGUCCAUGCCAGCGAAUGCUUCUUCCGUCACGUUACCGAUGACGUCACCAUUAACUAACUCAGCUUUGUUGACCAUGUCAAAAAUGGGAAGUUUGGAUUCUGGUGAAAUACUCGAGUGUGAUAGCGAUGGCUUGGAAAAUCGCGCAAAAGGUCCGACUUUCAAAAUAACCAACUGGGUGGUUAACAAAAAGCCGAAAAAAUUGAGCGUAUCUGAUAACAAGGCGCUACGCUGCAACAGAUACAACGUGGACAGUACUGCCAGGAACGUUAGCAGUAACCUAAGCAGCAGCCCGAACUUCAUAGUCGUACUCACGUGUGAGUGCAACGGAGAUGAAGAAAACUUCUCAGUCAUCAUCUACAGGAUCUCAGAUAAGAAAAUGUUGAGGAACUUCACGCUGACGCCCGACAUCGGCGAAGUGCAGCACGUCGUUGUCCACACGCCACAAGACGUGCAGUGGCAGUGUCGCAGUUUUGACGCCGGCAGCUCUUUCGAUAGUGAUAUUUCAUUUUCAUUGCCUAUUUUGGACGGCAACCAUAUGACGACCCGCAGCCAUAACAGCAACGACAGCUUCUUCAACGACAUCCUAGACAAGUCUACCCUAAUUGUCACACGCAGAGAUGUCAGAAGACUUCAGGAUUGCGAUGAAUCACUCUGGUUGGUCAGCAGGUUGAGGAUUGAUGGAUCGAAGAUCAGCUGUUUCAUUCCAGCCAUUGUGGAUGGGAUUGAACUGAACAAGCCGGAAUAUAUUGCGCUGGUUGAAAAUGGCAGAAUUAUCGUAGCUGACUGCGAAAACAAUCGCCUGGUCAUUCUCGGCGCUAAACUAACCGGGGGCGAGACGUUGGUGAAGACGGAUGCCAAACACAAACUCAACAAACCGUCCAGAGUUGUGUACAGCAGAGAUAAGAGGAUGUUGGUCGUAAGUGAAUGGGGCAAGAUAGGGGUUUUCGACGUUUUUGUAUUUUGA